AACCAUGGAAAUGGCAUGGCACCUCAGCCAGGUCCCUGCAACGGUGGGAUUGCUCCAGCACAGCUCCUCCCCAGGCCUCCCACCCCAGUCCCUUCAGAUAAAGGAGGUGGCUGGGGCCUGAAAUCCCAGCUCCCACCCCCAGUGCGGAAUGGUAAAAUCCCAGCACCAACCCCGGCCAUGCAGUGGGGACCACCGAAGUCUCAAAAAGCUGGUUACCAGCCCUUCAAUGGUUAUGGAGCUGGAGCAGAACUGGGCUUCCGUGGUGGCCUCAACCUGCAGAAAGUUGGUUUCCAUUAUGGGAAUGGAGCUCUGGAAGCUGGAAUUUUGCCAGAGACCCUGCAGCCAGGGUUCCCCUCAGCCAAUGGCUUUAGGAAUGGACUCAAGGAGGAGACUCUUCUCUAUCCUAGAGCAACAGUUCCAACCCUCGAGAGACAUGGUCAGGCUGGGGCCUUCAAGCUCUGGGGGGCUGGAAUGAAGCCAGGAUAUGGAUAUGCAGGCCUUGGGAUUCAGGAAGGGCCCUAUGGACAGCUGAGGCCAGAGCAUCUGGAGCACUUGGUGAAGACAGAUACCAACAGCCAGCUGGGAAAUGGUUACAGAGGACACUGUCCUUCUGGGAAAUGCUGAAUGGAACCUAUCCCCCGCCUACCCUGAGGGCCUCUGCAUUAGAGCCUGGUCAGAGGAGGAACUCAAGACUUUCCCAAGGCACUGCCCUGCCCUGGGUCUCCUUUGGGCUGAAGUAUUAAUAAAAGCCAUAUGAUUCCC